AUGGAGCCCAGUGAUGGCAUUCGCGUCUUCGGUUUGUCUGGCAAUCUGCUGGCGACACUGGAUCACAAGAGACUGCUAGCGGCUGGGGAUUUUGCUGAUGUGCUGAAGAACGACUUGCAGCGUGAGACAGGAGUUCCUGGUUGUCGGCAACGGCUCUUCUGGGGCGAAACCGAGGUUUCCUCGGCAACAUGUCCCUGGGGCGACACGGCCUUGCCAGUGAAUCUUCAGCUGGUCAUCAUGCCGCUGCGACAUGAUAAAACGAGAGAGCUUCGCACUGCCACUGCCUCGGGCAAGCUGGAGUUUGUGCAGCGUCUCCUCACAGAAGGACAAGAUCCCAAUUCUCCUGGCGAAGGGGCAGAAAUGCCCCUCCACAUUGCCGCAGAUCGCCGCCGCUUGGCGAUCGCUGCUGCUUUGACUCAGGCUGGCGCAGACCCAAACGUAGUUUCUCCGCUGGACGGAGCGACCCCCCUUUCUGCUGCAGCCGCACAUGGGAAUCUGCGCAUCGUUCAGCACUUGUUGCAGGCCCAUGCCAGUCUGGAUUUGCCAGGUUCUAACGGCAGAACGCCUUUAAUAAUGGCCACCAUACAUGGCCACCUGGGUGUAGUGGAGCACUUGGUCGAAGAGCAUGCUGAUGUCGACAAACCGGGGGUCGGUCAAGCAGCACUCACAAAUCCGCUGUGGAGUGCUGCAGAAUGCAACCAUUCACGGAUUGUGGCGACGCUCCUCCGUGCUAGGGCUGACGUCGACUGGAACAAUCCAGACGGCAGGACGCCCUUGUGGUGCGCCGUUGCCAAUGGAAGCAUACAGUCUGCACGAUAUUUGCUGAAGGCUGGUGCCAGCGUGAACUGCACGGAUCAGCAUGGGGACGCGCCAUUGUGGGUAGCAGUUGCGUGCGGGCAACCCGAAGCAGUCGAGUGUUUGAUUGCAGCACUCUCUGAUGUGAACCAACUAGCCGGGAACGGCCAGUCUCCGCUGUGCACAGCGGCCCUGAGAUGCGACCUACCUGCCGUCCGCCGGUUGUUGAGGGCGGGUGCCGACGAGAGAGACUGGCAAGGCAGAUCGCCGGCAGACCUAGCCAUCAGCACGGAGGUGAAAAAAGAGCUGCACAAGCACGGUCCCAAGAUGCUGCCACGAGACCAGCAUGGCGAGCGACCUCGGUUGAAGCUUUCCAAAGAUGGAAGUGCCAAGAGAAGUCCAGGCUCUGCCAGAAGCGACGUGCAGAUUGCAAAGGCAGCAAAACAUUGA